AUGGGUGCGGGUGCAUCGAGCCUGGAUGAAGCCACCAUGCAGCAGUUCAUCUCGGAAAAUCUCGAGCAAGCCGAAGAGGUUCUUGCCACAGCCCAGCAGCUGGUAGCACAGGAGAAGCGUGCUCGAGCCAAUGCUGACGGGUCAGGGGCGAACUCUUUGAAGAUCCAGGGUUUGGAUGGAUCGACAUUUCAGCUUCAAGUUGGCGAUGCUGCAACUGUCGCAGAUGUCUCCAAACAAAUUUCAGAGAAGAUGGAGAUGAAACCAAGUAGCACUUUGGUGCUGACUUCGGGUGGCAGCAUCUUGAAUGACUCCCAACCACUACUGCAACAAGUAGAGUCUGGGGAAAUCAGCUUCGUCGUCAAGCAAAUCAGUCCCUACCAGGCUGUAAAGAGUUUUCACCAAGCCGCACAAGAUACGUCAAAGACAGCCUUGACCGCGGCAGAUUUGAGUGCAAUCAAUGCGGUUUCCUCAUUGGAAACUGACUACACGUUCGACCAGAGUUUAGAAGGCAUCCCUUUGCCGAGCAGUUUGCAAACUUUGAUUUUUGGAUAUGACUUUAACCAGAGCUUGAAAGAUGUGAGUUUCCCAAGCAGCUUGCAGACUUUGACCUUCGGUGUUCAUUUUGACCGGAACAUGGAGGGUGUCCUGCUGCCCGACAAUCUGAAAGUCUUGAACUUUGGUGCGGAAUUCGAUCGGAGCUUGCAGGGUUUGAAGCUCCCCAACAGCCUGCAGAGGUUGUCCUUUGAUUGGGCUUUCAACCAGAGCUUGGAAGGAGUAACACUGCCAAGUAGCUUGCAGACUUUGGAGUUGGGGCCGUCUUUCAACAAGCCAUUGGCAGGUGUCUCGUUGCCGAGCAGCCUGCAGACUCUCACCUUUGGUGUUGCUUUCAACCAAAGCUUGAAAGGUGUUGCGCUACCAGAAGGCCUCAAGACCCUGAAUCUUGGGAAGUGGUCUAACGAGAGCUUGGAAGACGUCACACUGCCAAGUAGCUUGGAUACGUUGACCCUGAGCGACAAUUUCAACCAGAGUCUGGAAGGUGUUGCGCUGCCAAGCAGCCUGCGCACAUUGAAGUUUGGUGAGGCAUUCAACCAGAGCUUGGAGAGUGUAACGCUGCCGAAUAGCCUGGAGGUAUUGACCUUUGGCUACCAAUUUGACCAGAACUUGGAAGGGAUUGCGUGGCCAAGCAGUUUGCAUACUUUGACGUUGGGCAAUCAUUCCAAGGAGCAGUUGGAAGCUGCGAAGCUGCCAAGCACUUUGCAGACUUUGACCUUCGGCAAUAAUUUCAAUGAAAGCUUGGAAAGUAUCAUGUUGCCAAGCAGCCUACAGACCUUGAUCUUUGGGGAGUUCUUCAACCAGAGUUUGAAAGAUGUGAAGCUUCCCAGCGGCCUGCAGAAGUUGGAAUUUGGCUGGGAGUUCAAUCAAAGUUUGGAGGGUGUGACCUUGCCAAGCAGCUUGCAGACUUUGAUGUUUGAUAAUGACUUUGACCAGAGCUUGGAAGGUGUGACGCUGCCAAGUAGCAUUCAGACAUUAGAACUUGGGACGGAAUUCAAGACGAGCUUAGCAGGGGUCAUCUUGCCAAGCAGCCUGCAGACUUUGGCAUUUGGUAGCGAAUUCAACCAGAGUUUGGACGGUGUCGCAUUUCCAUCUGGCUUGCAGACUUUGGCUUUCGGCUAUCAUUUCAACCAGAGCCUGGUAGGCAUCACUCUGCCGAGCAGUCUGCAGACUUUGAUCUUUGGGGAUGACUUUAACCAAAGCUUGGAAGGUGUCAUGCUGCCAAGCAGCCUUCAGACACUGACCUUCGGGAGGGAGUUCAACCAGAGUUUGGACGGUGUCGCAUUUCCAUCUGGCUUGGAGACUUUGGCUUUCGGCUAUAAUUUCAACCAGAGCCUGGCAGGCAUCACUCUGCCAAGUAGCCUGCAGACUUUGACCUUUAAUGAAGACUUCAACCAGAGCUUGGAAGGUGUCAUGCUGCCAAGCAGCCUUCAGACACUGACCUUCGGGAGGGAGUUCAGUCAGGGUUUGGAUGACGUGGUGCUGCCAAGCAGCUUGCGUGAAUUAUGUUGGCACGGAAUCACCGUAGAACUAUUGUAAUUAAUUAAUAUGUUAUAAGUUAUAAGAUUAUUGUAGCACAGUUACUGUAACGCUGUUUCUAUGCAUCGUUUCACACGCUUACCGUUUCACAGCCAAGAGGAGCACGUGCAGCAAAAA